GCUACCAAAUCCUUCCGUCGCCAACGCGUCUUGUGCAGUCUCGUUUGAAUGUGGCGUGCACGCAUGAUAGCACUUCAUUUAACAAAAAUCGCUUCUCAAGUUAACUACUGCAAACCAGCGAGUGUUUUACGACUGAUAAGUUCACAAACUAGCUGCCAUAGUUUGCUCUGUGUGCGACACAUGUCAAGUCAACCGAAGAGAGUCCGCACCGCAAACAUGCCCGCUGUAAAGAUCGGAACUCACAACGGCAGCUUCCACUGUGAUGAAGUCCUCGCCUGUUUCUUCCUCCGCCAGCUCCCUGAGUACAAGGAUUCAGAGAUCGUUCGGACCAGGGACCCGACAAAGCUGGCAGAGUGUGACAUCGUUGUAGACGUUGGAGGAGAGUUUGACCCAAAGAGGCAUCGCUAUGACCAUCACCAGAGGACCUUUGCAGAGAGCUUCCACAGCCUGUUUCCAGAGAAGCCAUGGGUGACCAAGCUGAGCUCAGCAGGCCUGGUCUACGUACACUUUGGUCGUCAGCUGCUGGCCCAGCUGACGCAGCUGAAGGAGGGCGACAGGCAGCUGGAGGUGCUCUAUGACAAGCUGUAUGAUAACUUUGUGGAGGAGGUCGAUGCUGUAGACAACGGCAUUUCACAGUGUGACGGAGAGGCCCGCUAUUCUAUCUCCACCAUGCUGAGCACACGUGUCGGCCACCUGAACCCAAGCUGGAACAGCACGAGUCAGGACACUGAGGAGGGUUUCAAAAAGGCCAUGAAGAUGGUUGGGGAGGAGUUCCUGGACCGUCUGGAGUACUACCAGACUUCCUGGCUGCCGGCUCGUGUGGUGGUGGAGGAGGCCGUUAAGGGGAGGCAUCAGCUAGACCCCAGUGGGGAGGUGGUAGUGUUCUCCCAGGGCGGGUGUCCCUGGAAGGAGCAUCUGUUUACCCUGGAGAAGGAGCUCAAAGUGGAAACGCCCAUCAAGUUUGUCCUUUACCCCGACCAGAGCGGACAGUGGAGGGUCCAGUGUGUCCCGGCGGGGCUCAACACCUUCCAGAACAGGCUGUCCCUGCUCGAAGAGUGGCGCGGCGUUCGCGAUGAAGCGCUGUCUGAGCUCAGCGGGAUUAAGGGCUGCGUCUUCGUCCACGCCGGAGGCUUUAUUGGCGGGAACAAGAACCAGGAAGGAGCCCUGGAGAUGGCCCGGAGGACCCUGCAGGCCGCCGCCAAGGCCCCUGCAAACGGAAGCAGCUGAAGGUUCAGAGAGAAUAGCCAACAGCACAUUUUGUUCUUAGGGGCGGGGAUGGUAUGGCAAUUGCUGCCAAAUAACCUUGGCCCACCUCCCAAAAUACCUACAGUAUUUACCAACACCAAGGCUCACUCUGAAUCAUUAUUUUGACUCAUGUUUUUCUUCCUUUGUUCUUAUAAAUGUGCGAAUAAUGUGUUGUUCUUUUGCAAUUAAAGACUAUUUG